UCUCAGAUAUUUUGUUCACUUUCCACUGCUAUAUCUCCUCACUUUCUUUUUGCUAUCUUCUCAGCUCUAAGCUGCAAAGGAACCCCAAAAAGAUCACCCUUUCUUGUUUUUUUCUCAGGCAGUGAUGGCAUCAUCCGUAGCUACUACUCUCACUUCCUCUACCAAACUUUACAGAAACACUUCCCUCUUUGAGUCUUCCUUCCAUGGGGUUCCCAUACCACCACUUUCUUUCCAUCUCAAGGCAAAGUCCUCUCCGUGCAAUGCAUCAGUUUCCAUGUCUGCAGCCUCAUCACCUCCACCGUAUGACCUGAACAAUUUCAGGUUUGACCCCAUCAAGGAAUCCAUCGUGUCACGUGAGAUGACGCGUAGGUACAUGAUGGACAUGAUCGCCCACGCUGACACUGAUGUGGUGGUGGUUGGUGCUGGCUCCGCAGGGCUAUCUUGUGCCUACGAGCUUAGCAAGAACCCGUCCGUACAGGUCGCUAUUGUUGAGCAAUCUGUUAGCCCCGGAGGUGGUGCCUGGCUAGGAGGACAGCUUUUCUCCGCCAUGGUAGUACGCAAACCAGCUCAUCGCUUCCUUGAUGAACUUGGAAUUGAGUAUGAUGAGCAAGACGACUAUGUGGUGAUCAAGCAUGCAGCCCUGUUCACAUCCACCAUCAUGAGCAAGCUUCUAGCUCGCCCCAAUGUGAAGCUGUUCAAUGCUGUGGCGGCAGAGGACUUGAUAGUGAAGGAAGGAAGAGUUGGUGGUGUUGUCACAAAUUGGGCCUUGGUUUCAAUGAACCAUGACACACAGUCCUGCAUGGACCCUAACGUCAUGGAGGCCAAGGUUGUGGUGAGCUCUUGUGGUCAUGAUGGGCCAUUUGGAGCCACUGGGGUCAAGAGGUUGAAGAGCAUUGGGAUGAUUGAUAACGUGCCGGGGAUGAAGGCACUGGAUAUGAAUACAGCUGAGGAUGCUAUUGUGAGGCUGACUAGGGAAGUUGUGCCUGGGAUGAUUGUUACUGGAAUGGAAGUUGCAGAGAUUGAUGGAUCCCCAAGAAUGGGACCAACAUUUGGAGCCAUGAUGAUAUCAGGGCAAAAGGCAGCCCAUCUUGCUCUGCAAUCAUUGGGAUUGCCUAAUGCACUUGAUGGAACAUAUGUGGGAAACAUUCACCCAGAGCUGAUCUUGGCUGCUGCAGAUUCUGCUGAGACUGCUGAUGCUUAACUGCAUAGCAAUAAGGUGCGACGAUGGAGAUUAGGGGUCGGUUUUAUAGUCAUCAGUAGGAUCGAGUGGUUUGGUUUUAGAUGGUUGAUGUGAUUAUGUGGUGAGGUUUGUUAAUAAAGAUGGUGUGCUGUUUAGACCCUGCUGGAACUUAAUGGGACGUAGCAGUUAGUUCUUGCUGUUCUUGUUGCCAUCAAUAAGUAUUGCUUUUUCUUCCUCUU